UGACUUCCGCUUUGAUUUAGAGAAUAUUAUAGGGGGAUAUAUAGCAUUUUUUCUGUAAAUGGCUGUCUUAAGAGGAGAUUUUUGUGGAAUUGUAUGUUUGGUGAUCACAUAUAUUGCGAUAUUUUAUGCAGAUUAUGUUGUUGUCCGCCAUCUAAUUAUACCAUCGAUGUCACAUACGUUAUGGGGAGCUUUUAAUGCAGUUAUAUUCAAUACUAUCCUUCUUCUUGCAACGGUAUCUCAUCUAAGGGCAGUGUUUUCAGAUCCAGGAAUUGUUCCCUUGCCUGCAACAAGUCUAGAUUUCUCAGAUCUGCAUGCAGGAAAAUCAAUGCCAAAUAUGAAGGAUGGUUGGAGCGUUUGCAUGAAAUGUGAAGUGUAUAGGCCACCAAGGGCUCAUCACUGUAGAAUCUGCAGACGAUGUAUAAAAAAAAUGGACCAUCACUGUCCAUGGAUAAACAAUUGUGUUGGAGAAUUAAACCAGAAGUAUUUUAUCCAAUUUCUCUUUUAUAUAGGUUUGUCCAGUGUAUAUGCAACUACGUUGGUAAUAGCUUCUUGGAUAAUAGAUCCUGGUGUCAAAGACAAGCAUUUUAAACUGAUGCAUUCUGUUUUACUUGUGGUGGAGUCACUGCUUUUUGGAAUGUUUGUUCUUGCAAUUGGUUGCGAUCAGAUAUCAGCAGUUCUAAAUGAUGAGACAGCAAUUGAAUAUGUGAAGAAAGAUGGACCUCAGAGGCACAAAAAAUCAUCCUUCGUUUUAAUGCAGGAAGUUUUUGGUAGAGGUCAUCCAGCGCUAUGGCUGUUUCCAUUGCAGUUUCGACCAAAUAACAUAGACUAUUCAAAUCUUGUAUAAUGAUGGUGUUGGAUCUCCUAUCUUCUUUUUCUAAACAAAUGUACAAUUAUAAAAUAUUUGUUUAAGCAUCCAAACCACAGACGCUUGAUCUUUUAAAUAUUUUCUUUAUAAAUAAAACAUACCAUACUUUAGUACAUGUAAUAACAAGGUGCGUUGUAUUAACCAUCUUGAAUUAUUCAUUUCAGCUACUUUGUCCUGGAUAUUUAGCAAGUAACAUAGCCAUUUUCUUUAAAUACUUAAAGUUGUGUAAAGUUUAUUUGAAUAUUCUAAAAGAAAUGUCACAAAAUGUUGAGGUGCCCAUUCCUCCUCUUGCCUAUAUAUGUGUACAGUAUAUGUAUGUUCUGAGUUGUAAUACUAAUUUGGCACAAUUGUUGAUUUAGUUGUUUUAGUUGCUUUUAUGGUACUUAUCAAUUAAAUAACAGUGUACUUCAUGUGAUAAGACACAAUUCUAGAGAUUGUCAUAUGAAUUUAUAAAAUUAUAUCAAAGUGCA